GCCUGCCUUAAUUGCAAAGAAAUCGAGGAUCGAGACCGACGGGGAUACCCAAUAGUUAUGCACUCCUUCACUUUUCUCAGUUGGACUCUUAGUCUACGCUACCUCGUUGCCUUGUCGAUAAAAGCACUUCCUUUUUACCCAGAAAGCAAAACAAAUUGAAGAGCUGCUUCUUGUUCUUGUAAAACCUGUUUCUGCUGUUAAAAAUUGCCCAGAACGAAACAGAACACACAUUGCACUGAUGGGUUUCCAAGUCUUUCUGAAGCUCUCAGCAAACUUCAUCUCUGUUCUUUCCUGGCCUUCGUUUAGUUUGAUUUUUGCCCUGUAUGCUUCCAUACAGGCGAUUCAGAGUGACUCUCAUUCCUGGAAUCAGCAAUGUCUUGCUUACUGGGUUUUGUUUGCUUUAUACACAACUUCAGAGUCAACGCUUGGAAAGCUUUUCUAUUGGCUUCCGCUCUGGCCAUAUGCAAAGGGUGUCAUUACUAUCCUGCUGGUGUUACCUUACUUCCAUGGUGCUUCUUAUCUGUAUAAACAUUUUAUCAGGUCCUAUAUUUCUGAGUAUCCAUUUAUCCAUAAAUGGAAAUCACUGUCAUUACCGAGGUCGAAAGAUAUCUUUCUGAGGAGGGACAGCCAUCUUGAUGUGAUUGAUAAAUGUGUUGUCAGGAUUGAACCACAAGAAUUAGAGAGAACUGUCAUAUUUCAGGGAAUACCAGUGCACAGAUAUGAAGCAGUAGUAAAGGAAAAUGGUUCACAAAGUAGUCAGAAAAUUCAGAGGGAGUGGAGCUGUGCUCUUUGUCUAAUUAGCACCACAAGUGAAAAUUGUUUGAAGAUGCACUUCCGAGGUAAGAAACAUGUUUUGAAAGUAGAAGCACUUCAAGAUGUAAAACUAGGCCACAUCAGUGGAUACAAAUCUUCUGCAAAGCUGAAGAGAACAAAUGGAAGGGUUUUACUCGAUAACUUGAACCAAAUUGCGUGGAGCAGCAUUCUAAGACCAAUUAGAUUGUGUAGAUGGAAAAAGCCACAGCUUGGAUGGACAAAAUUGAAUACUGAUGGAUCGGUAGACCCAGGAAACUCUGGUUUUGGGGGUCUACUUCGUAAUUCUAAGGGUGAACCAAUAUGCGCAUUUGUGUCUAAAGCUCUAGGGGAUGAUAUUUUCCUGGUUGAAUUAUGGGCUAUAUGGAGAGGCCUUGUUCUUGCCUCAAGUCUCGGGAUUAAAGAAUUAUGGGUUGAGUCUGAUUCAUUGAGCGUUGUGAAGACAAUAAAUCGAGAUCAGCCAUACAGUUUCAAGGCUAGUAGCUGUUUGAAGCAUAUCUGGGAACUACUAAAGAAAUUUGACAAACACCGUGUAUCUCAUUCAUGGCGUGAAACUAAUAGGGCUGCUGAUCACCUUGCAAAAAUGGUUCUUUCUGAUAGUGACAUUGUUCUCUGGCCAGGUGAUUUUCCUGAUACCCUUAAUAAAAUUAUCAAGGAGGAUGCUGAAGGCAGGAUAUAUUGUAGAGGUUGACUACCAAUUCCAAAUUUGCCCAUGAUCCGGGGCUCAAUCCUUCCUUUCAUGAUCCAGGAGAAAUGUAGAAGUAAUAUAAUUUGUAAUGUAGUCCACUAUACAUAGACGGUCAUGAAAGAGGUCCGGAAGUCGUAAAAAUUGACAGCCUCAGACAUGAGUUUUCCUGGUCGUAUGAGCCUAUGAGGUAAUGUUAAAUAUUGCCAACAAGAUUUUGUAAAUUAUAACCACCCCGUGUGUAUAUUAGAAUGUGAAUUCAUUGUGCAAUAGUUUAGUGGUAAGCUUGGCCAUUAAUACAUUAUUACUCCUGUGCAUUAUCUAGGUACUUACUUUGAGCGCAGCUAAGUUGA